AUGAUUUAAUAAGCAAAUUUAAAGUUAAAAUGUUAAGUAGAUGAGCAUAAGGAAGAGAUUGAUUUUGUUUGUUAUGAUUAGUUUUGUACAGGAUUUCGAUUAUAAUGUUUUGAAUGUUUUAAAAAGGGAAUCCAUAAUAAUCAUAUUAAUGAUGUCAAAAAAAUAAACACUUUGAUGUAAUUCCUUGAAAAUAAUAAUAAAGAUUGUGAUAAUUUAAUUGAUGAUCUUAAUAAAUAUAUAGAAAAUGUAAAUUAAUCAUUUUCUUAAUUAAAAAGAGGAAUCACAAAUAAAUAUUCAUUAUUAAAAGAAAGAUUAGUUAAUUUGGAUUCUUGUUAAAUUAAUGAUUAUUUGAAUUCAACUAUUUAAUUAAAUGAAUAUAAAUAAUCUAUUUCCAAAAUUAUUGAAGAAUAAACUAAGAAUAUAUCUCAUUCAUUUAAUAAUUUAUAUUAAUAAUUAUAAUUAUCAUCAUUUAAUUAUUAUUAACUUGAUGAAAAUGAUAUUAAAUUAUCUGAAGAUCUAUAUAAAUAGGGUAUUUAUUUAAUAAUUAAGAUUUUAGGUUAUUAAUUAUAUUUGGAUAAAAAGUAUAAUGAGGCCAUAGAACAAUUAGAUAAAUCAAUUUAAAUAAAUCCUAAUAACUAGGUAUCUAUAAGUUGUAAAGGUAUACUUAAUAAUCUUUAUAUUAAUAGGUUAGUGUUUAAGGUUGUUAAAUAAAUUUGAAGAUGCAAUCACUUGGUUGGACAAAACAUUAGCUAUUGACCCCAAACAUGUUAAUUCGUUAUGUAAUAAAGGUAUACUUAAUAAUCUUUAUAUUAAUAGGUUAGUGUUUAAUGUUUUUAAAUAAAUUUGAAGAUGCAAUCACUUGGUUGGACAAAGCAUUAGCUAUUGACCCCAAACAUGUUGUUUCCUUAAGUGAUAAAGGUAUACUUAAUAAUCUUUAUAUUAAUAGGUUAGUGUUUAAGGUUUUUAAAUAAAUUUGAAGAUGCAAUCACUUGGUUGGACAAAGCAUUAGCUAUUGACCCCAAACAUGUUAAUUCGUUAUGUAAUAAAGGUAUACUUAAUAAUCUUUAUAUUAAUAGGUUAGUGUUUAAGGUUUUUAAAUAAAUUUGAAGAUGCAAUCACUUGGUUGGACAAAGCAUUAGCUAUUGACCCCAAACAUGUUAAUUCGUUAUGUAAUAAAGGUAUACUUAAUAAUCUUUAUAUUAAUAGGUUAGUGUUUAAGGUUUUUAAAUAAAUUUGAAGAUGCAAUCACUUGGUUGGACAAAGCAUUAGCUAUUGACCCCAAACAUGUUAAUUCGUUAUGUAAUAAAGGUAUACUUAAUAAUCUUUAUAUUAAUAGGUUAGUGUUUAAGGUUUUUAAAUAAAUUUGAAGAUGCAAUCACUUGGUUGGACAAAGCAUUAGCUAUUGACCCCAAACAUGUUAAUUCGUUAUGUAAUAAAGGUAUACUUAAUAAUCUUUAUAUUAAUAGGUUAGUGUUUAAGGUUUUUAAAUAAAUUUGAAGAUGCAAUCACUUGGUUGGACAAAGCAUUAGCUAUUGACCCCAAACAUGUUAAUUCGUUAUGUAAUAAAGGUAUACUUAAUAAUCUUUAUAUUAAUAGGUUAGUGUUUAAGGUUUUUAAAUAAAUUUGAAGAUGCAAUCACUUGGUUGGACAAAGCAUUAGCUAUUGACCCCAAACAUGUUAAUUCGUUAUGUAAUAAAGGUAUACUUAAUAAUCUUUAUAUUAAUAGGUUAGUGUUUAAGGUUUUUAAAUAAAUUUGAAGAUGCAAUCACUUGGUUGGACAAAGCAUUAGCUAUUGACCCCAAACAUGUUAAUUCGUUAUGUAAUAAAGGUAUACUUAAUAAUCUUUAUAUUAAUAGGUUAGUGUUUAAGGUUUUUAAAUAAAUUUGAAGAUGCAAUCACUUGGUUGGACAAAGCAUUAGCUAUUGACCCCAAACAUGUUAAUUCGUUAUGUAGUAAAGGUAUACUUAAUAAUCUUUAUAUUAAUAGGUUAGUGUCUAAGAUAUUUAAAAUAAUAUGAUAAUUCUUUAACAUUUCUUAAUCAAGCACUGUCCAUCAAUCCUAACCAUACUUUUAGUCUUGAUUGCAUUGGUAUUUUUUCAUUUAUAUUAAGGUAACUGUCUACAAGAUUAAGAGAAAUAUUAAGAAGCUCUGAUAUAUUAUGAAAGAAAAUUAAAGAUUUAACCUAAUGAUCAAUGGACCAAAAAUUAAAAGGGUAUUCUUAUUUUCUUAAUAUAGAAUUUUGUGAAAAGAAAUUGAAAAAUUGA